GAAGAAAGCCUACAUUAGUGGUUUGGGGCUUACAAUGUCCAAUAGGAGUGCUGCUCUAAAGGGUAGCGUAUGUCCAAUCCUAAAGCAGCUACGCAAACUUCGGAUUAUCUCCCCAGCCGGCACCACAUGAGCUACUCUCAACUCCCUCUUGAAUCGGUGGAAUCUGCCCCAUUCCCCCCACUUAACCAACCAGCUUUACUAAACCAAAUAUUCGCCUUCUUGUCCAAAUGGGUGUCGCGGAGAGCAAAGAGCUAGCCGAGUGCCUUCUUGUCGCUUGUCAACUUGCAGAAAACGAUGGCAAAACUGAAUUGGAUCCUAAAAAGAUAUUGAGAAAUAAGACUAUCAAUAGCACGUUGAAGCACAUCUGCAGAUAUAUUCCACGCGAUAUCCGUGGCUCUGCGUAUGAUUCAGCCUUGAAACGAGCGACUAAGCGCCCACCUGCAAAAAUUGAGAUUCCGCAAGUUGUACAAGACUUACAGGAGCGGCACAGGGUUCUUUUUUCAGCUCCACAAGCUCUACCAGAAUCGGAACAGUCGGAGAGCAGAGACCAGAUACAACGCUUUCCGGAGAUAAUCCCAGGGAACUCCUUAGCAGACUGCUACAGAGCGACUGUGCUUCAAGAAGAACAGCAACAGUUAUGCAACAUUCGUCUCAGAUUCUUAUACAUUAUAUUCUAUCGACUCAAACAAGAAAUCAGCCCAGGAAGUCAAUACGAAUACUAUUGUGCUGCUAAUUUUAUAGCCAGAACAAUCUGCGAUGCUAACCAUAGCAAUCAACCAAUUAAUGUCGUUGAAAAAAGAAUUCGCGCCUGGGUCGGUUAUGGUGAAAGAUAUGAGUCUUUGGCCAAUGAUUUGGGAGGACUCGGGGCAUUAUAUAUCCUCCCUGACCUUGGAGGGGAGAGCUUCUGGAAGAGAAAGCUUCCAAAGUCGGCAGAUAACCAGGGCAGAAUUUCCAUCAUACAGAAAUUGAAGCAGCAGGACAUUCCUGCCGAAGCUACCAGACGGGGUCUUCACAUCAUUGCAGACGAUGAAGUGAAAAGUAUACUUGAUCCCCUUCUGAAAUCGGUCAAGGAGAUCUUGAACCGGGGCCUUUCUCAAGCAAAUACCAUAAGCACCGCUCAAAAUAAGUCGAGUCAGCAUUCAGGCAACGCUAACACGAGAGAGCGCGUCUCUGCUGCACCUGAUCUUACCUCGGAAGCUAGCCAACCGCUUAGACAUAUCCACAAUGCCUCCUCCAAAUCUUCAUUUCAACCAAGCCACAAGUGUACCACUCAUGAGCGUUUAUGGAUAUCUCGAGCAACCGGGAUUACAUUCAACAAUGCAGAAUAAUUAUACCGAGCAAGGAGAUAUGCUACAAGUCGAAACAUACCAAUUUCCUGGGCAGUCUAGCUUUUACACGUCACCGCAGAGCACACUCGCUAC